AAAAUUUGAAAACUGCCACCUGCCAGAUAAAUUUUGAACCUAUCAACACCCUGUGUAGUUCAUAGUACAUUGCCUUCACCCAAACCUACAAUAUUAUCCUCCGGAGUGUUUCGUUUGAUCAUGAAAGGACAGUUGCAGUGCAAUGGAUGUAGAAUUCUAGAUCACUGAAAUAUUAAAAUUUUCAACCGUUGAUAGAACGAUUUUUAUCCAACACCCAGUGCGACCAAUUAACUCCAAAUCAAUUAAAUGGAGUUCAAUGGAAAAUAAGAAAAUAAUGACUUAUAAAUUGUUGUGCGUCAUGGAAUGAUAUAUCUCGAGGUACUAUCACAGUGACAUUGCCAUUAAGAGGAUUACACGUACAUAAUUAUUGCAGCCAGUUGGCGUAUGCUAAAUCAGGAAUUACAUGUGGUUAUCGUAACUGGAGAAUACCCAACACAUUCACAUAAUUUUGACAGCGAAUGGCAAAUUAUCGGUGUGGGGGGAAACAGUGUUCCGCCAUAUUUAGCAAACUUGUGACUUUUCGGAGCAAGUUCAAGUAACCCCGAUAGCAGUCAUCUAACCAAACUUCUUUCCAAUAAUUCAUCUUUUAGAUCAAUUUAAAAAACCGAGAAACCUUUCAAAUUGUCAAUGAUCAAAGUUUUAAGAAUGCAUUUCAGUUUUUGCCAAUAGUGAUUGUAACUUUUUUUUUAAUCGUCGAUUUUUAAUUAACCGGGCGUCCUCCAAGUGCUGAGAUCUUUUACUGAAUUUUUUGGAUUUUUUAUACUAGAGGAAAAAUGAGUUUUUUCGGGUUCGGUCAAUCUGCUGGAUUGGAGAUCAUUCUGACCGGAGCUGAUACGAGGAAAACUGCAGAAAUUAAGACUGAAGAUGGCAAGAAGGAGCGACAUUUGUUAUAUUACGAUGGCGAAACUGUUUCUGGAAAAGUAAUUGUAAGCCUGCGGAAAGCAGGAAAACUGGAGCAUCAGGGUGUGAAGGUCGAGUUUAUUGGCCAGAUUGAACUCUACUACGAUCGUGGAAAUCAUCAUGAGUUCACUAGUCUCGUGAAGGAAUUAGCGAGACCCGGGGAAUUAACUCAUAACACUGAAUACACAUUUGAAUUUGCUAAUGUCGAGAAACCUUUCGAGAGUUACACGGGUUCAAAUGUUCGCCUGAGAUAUUUCCUGAGGGUCACUAUUGUUAGGAGAUUGAGCGAUUUGGUUAAAGAGGUGGAGCUUGUGGUUCACACACUGAGUUCUUAUCCAGAUAUGAAUAAUCCUAUUAAAAUGGAAGUUGGCAUUGAAGAUUGUUUACAUAUUGAGUUUGAAUAUAACAAGAGCAAGUAUCAUCUGAAAGAUGUUAUUGUGGGAAAAAUUUACUUUCUUCUAGUCCGAAUAAAGAUUAAACAUAUGGAAAUCGCUAUUAUAAAGCGAGAAACAACAGGGUCUGCUCCACACACGUUUACUGAGAACGAGACAAUAGCGAAGUAUGAGAUUAUGGAUGGUGCACCAGUCAGAGGUGAAUCAAUUCCAAUAAGAGUUUUUUUAGCUGGUUAUGAUCUUGCACCGACGAUGCGAGACAUCAAUAAAAAGUUCAGCGUCAGAUAUUAUUUGAAUCUCGUGUUGAUGGAUGAAGAGGAUCGUCGUUAUUUCAAACAACAAGAAAUAACGUUAUGGAGGAAAGGUGAAAAGAGCAGAAGAUCACAGACAGCAUCACCUCAUCUGCCCUCUCAUCUGGUUUCCGCUGAGACCGGCUUUCCCCAGGGUGCAGCUGUAAAUGGCCCGCCAUCCCUUCCUCCAAGUAAUCAUUCAGAAGAUUCUGAAGAUCGAGAGAAUCCAACAACUGACGACACCCCAGCUCCCAUCGAGGGAAUGACACGCGAGGAAGGUGACGGUGAGGGUGAAAAGGAAGAGGUCAACUCUGAACGUCAAUGAGUCCGACGAAAACUCACCUGAAGCCUCACCCUUGAUUGAAAUAAUAGUGAAGAUAAAAGCUAAAUUCGAAUAUGAAAAGAUGAAAAAUAAUUGAAUCCUGUAAAUACUAAUGCCAUAAUCAUUAUGUAAUUGAGAACAUAAUUAAUUCAUUCAUGAAAAUGGUGGGCAAUAUCAUUUCAUUGACAGAUAUUUUGGCGUCAACAAGAAAAGGAGAGAAAAGAGAAAUCAUUGUCGGUGUAGAUGUGUCGGAUACUUGAAGCGGUUGACGACCAUUUGAAAAUUAUAUUGUUUUGUAACUUAAUAAAUAAUGUACAUAUGUAUAUAUAUACAGAUAUAUAUACAGUAAUUACCCGUAUCAAAAGCAUAUUUCACAAUGUAUUAGAACGAAGGAAAUCGAAAGCGAGAAAAUAAAUAAAUAAUAAGAGGAAAUGGUAGAGAAAACACCAGUGAACAAUGAGUAUGCAUUGAGCUUUGCAUUCGGAUAAAUACAGUGUACAUGGUGUCUAUUUUCUAAUGCUCACUUGUCAUCGUAACGUGCAGUGCCAUUUGGUGAGACAAUUGAACUUUGUCCCUUUAUACGAAUAUCCAUCUGUUAUCAUCAUUGGUCAUUUCGAUAAAAUUUGGAAUAAACUAAUAGACAAAUUGAAGUUAAUUCUUUGAUGAUUUCGGUUAUUCGAGUAGGAAAAAUGUGGAAUCUCUUGAAAUUACAGGUUUUUUUUCGAAAUUAUCUUGUAAGUGAUAACUCUAGUGAAAUAGUAAUUACAAAUUAGUUAAUUUCACAUUGAAACAAGUUUUUAUAACAUAUCUUGAUUGAAAUCUGAUAAUGACAAAAUUUCGAUGUGAACGAGUUUUGUACCUCUCAAUUUUUUUUUUUUUUAAAGUGCUACUUCGUUAAACAACUUUAAAAUCCAGAGCGUUCAAAAUUUUCAAGUUCAUUGAUCUCAAAUGAUUUACAUCUGGUUAGAAUGCUCAUGAAAAAUGUAAUUUUGUGAAAUUAACACAUUAACAACAUUUAAAUUCAUGAGAAUAUCUGUGCCCACCAAAGGGAGUCAUGGCAUAUACGAGAGUUUCCAAAUAACUCAGCUAUCAAAAACAUUGAAAAAAGAAGCACAUGUGCAUCAUCCAUUAUUAAUAUAUUCAUUCGCCAACUCGGUGAUUUCAUAUUCAUUAAUAUUAUUUUCACUUUUCCAUCGAAAGUGAGGAAUUUCAUAGAAAAUGAGUAUUACCGUCAUUGAGUUGGACGAAAUAACUUUAGGUAGGGAAAAAAGAAAAAUG